GUGAUGUUGGAGAGCAGGCAAGCAAGCGUCCUCCUCCAUGGCCUAGUAAAUAUGGGACUGAUUGAUCGUUAAUGUGACCUCCCUCGUGUAUCGCAGCCCCCAGUCAUGGCAGGGCUCAUCAAAAACCAGAUCCUCAAACACCUAUCAAAAUUUGCCAAGAAUGUUUCAUCUGACAGUGUUAAUGUUAGUACACUCAAAGGGGAGGGGGAGCUUACCAACCUGGAGCUCAAUGAAACAGUUCUCACAGAUCUCCUGGAGCUACCCAUCUGGCUCAGGAUUACAAGGGCAUUGGUCAACAGAGUCAACCUCAAGAUACAAUGGACCAAGCUGAAGAGUGUCCCAAUAGCUGUGAGUCUGGAUGAAGUGCAGGUGGAAAUGGAGACCUGUAGUGAGCUGAGGUCUCACCAGUCAGGUUCCUCUGUCCUCCCUUCCUACGGGUCAGGGGGACGUUAUGGCUUUGCUGACAAGGUUAUUGAUGGCAUGACAGUCACUGUCAACUCAGUGCUCAUCACUUUCCGUAGCCAUGCUUUCCAUGCCACUUUUCAGCUAUCCAGAAUUGUUCUGGAUUCCAAAAAUCCCCUCUGGCAGAAAGCAGACUUAAGGCAAACAAGGUUGAAGGAUGUUGACCGAGGAGAAUUACUUAUAUUUAAAGAGUUGUCUUGGCAAACACUGCGCGUUGAGGCCAAGUCAACGUGUGACCAGGCCCUCACCCCCUUGAGGCUCAUCACUAACCAGGCUCGCUGCAGGAUCACCAUCAAGAAGAAAUUGACUGACUGCUCAGUGGUGGGAUGCCGGCUGGUGCUACUCAUGGAUGACCUGCUGUGGGUGCUGACUGACUCACAGCUCACAGCUGCAUUCCACUUCAUUGAUUCCCUCUCAGACUUGGUGAAGCAGGCAGCUCAGGAGUCACAGAAAACUAAAGCUGUGAGAAAGCUGGAGUCUCUGCCAGAGUUUCAGGCCCAGCUGGCACAACAGGUGCAACAGGCAAGAGGAAGUGGAAGCUCCCAGGGGCGGGGAUCCUCAUCAGGGGGGAGCAGCUCUCGGUCCUCCUCAUCACAAUCCAAUGUUGUUAAGGUGUUCAGCAAGUAUGAUGUGCCAGAGACCUCCUAUCAUUUUUAUUCAGAGAGAAUUGAUCUGCACUUCUGUGAUGAUCCUGGACCUGGGCGGUCUAGUCACCCUGACCUCUCAGGAGGGGCAGCCUUGCAGGUCACCCUGGCCCAGCUGGAAAUAGACUUUUAUCCUUACCACUUGGCAGCUGGAGAUAGAGGGCACUGGGUCAAAUACUCAACAGAGUGUGGACCAGCAGUGUGGGCCCAUGCAGCUUUAGCACAGUUCAAGACGCUACUUACUGACACUCUCAACUCCAGCCGAUCCUCACACACUCCCCUGGCACGGGCGCCACCCCACACUCGCCAUGAUGCUCCACAUCAGAGCUCGAGCAGCCGAACAGCAGCGACACCUCCUGGUGAUGGAGCUGCCCAGGUUAGUCCUCUGAAGGGAGUGGUGGCUACUCAACUGAAGAAGUUGAUGUCUUCUUGCUGUGUUCUGCGAGUCAAUGAUUUCUGCGUGUACAGAGUCUCCACCUCCAAGCGAAAGCAGACACCAAAGGAAUUUGUUUCAGCCGGACACUACAAAAAACAACGGAAGAAGACAGGAGAUAAAGGCAAGUUCAAGCUACCCACACAGGUGGCCAGCCUACACCUGGAGUUUACUGUCUACUAUUUCCCAGCAGCUACAGAUUUUCCAGUGCCUCCGCCUAAGCUGUACUUGCAGUUGAACCCUGUUCAGAUCACCUUUGACCCUUUGUCUAUCUUAUGGCUCAACUCAUUCGGAAGGAGUCUUCAGCGAGCUGUGCUCACUGAUCCUCCCCCUCCUCCAUCCUAUUUAGAUGUGCACCUGGAGGCUGUCAUGCCCAAAGUUAUUGUUGAGGGACUUGGGGAGCACAGCAACCAGCGAGACCGUCCACAAACCAUGCACAUCCAAGCAUCUCGUGUCAUUUUGUCUAAUGUACGGCCACCGGAUCCCACCUUGCCAGGCUCCCUUGCCUCCUUGGCCACCAGCCUGGAGGCAGCUCAGCAAGGGGAACUCUUCUUUGCUUCCUCUUUUCCUGCAUCUGCACCUGACUUCCAGCCUAUAUGUCAUAAGUUUGUGAGGCACGCAACAGGUGAAGACAAUGUAAGAAGUCUCCCAGUGACAGAUAGUCCACUUUAUGAAACUAUCUCCAAUAUGAAAAAGGAUGCCCUGUGGCUUCAAGCAAGGGACAUCCUUUUCCUGCAUUGUGAGCCUCUGUGGGUGGAGUUCUUUGGAGUUCCAGCUGCACGUAACAGACCGGUUCCUUUUGUGGAUGCUUUUCCAGUGUCUCUCUGGAUGUACAUUAAACCAAAAGCUAGUCUCUCUGUUGCCACAACUUUCACUGAUUCAUGUGAAGGAAGAGGCCCAAAACAGCAGGGUGGUGAGGAUGUGCAUAGUGAGCCUUUGGGUAGAACCCACAAGGGUGAAGGACAGCUAAGAAGUGGGAAUGGAGUGGAGGGUCAGAAACCAGAGGCAGCCAUACAUAUGUUUGCUCAUGUACCAAGUCUAGUCAGUGCCCAAUUGAACCAUUAUCAGUACCUGUUUCUAAUGCGUCAAUUAGAUGUCAUUACGGAGCUUACUUCAUACCUCACAUAUGACACCAUAAACAUCCUCACCCACCCCCACAUGCCUGGCAUUGCCAUAGCACGGGAAAACCUGGGAGACACGCUGGUGUUGGCAGCAGUAGUUCCUCAGGUGGACGUGUCUCUGGUGAUGCCACCACCACACCCAGGCAAAGACUCCAUGGCAGGGGAUAUGGAGAGCUUCCUUCCUGACUCUUCCUCCACAGCUGACCUUCAUGACUUGGGCUCUCCCAGCUGUGAAGUAAGGAACUCUGCCUCAGACCACAGCAUCAUGCAGAAGGUGAUUGAACCAGAUGCAUGUUCUGUCACCAGUGAUAUCACAAAGUCUUACAGCGUGGAUCAGCUUACUUCUCCACAGCCAAAGUUGGGUUCUACCUCUGUCACCAGGCAACCAUCCAGCACUGCCAAUGGUAACAUUACCCAGCCUCCAGUCUGCCAACAGUCCCCAGUCAACACAGGUAUGCAACAUUCACCCUCGGCUGCAGUUAAACAUGCAGCCAGUAGACAGCUCUCCAGUAGUCUGACCAACCUGCCUCGUAGCACCAAAAGCAGCCAUUCACCCCAUGCAGACCCCACCGGUGUUAAUGGUCCCAUGAUGCAGCUUAACCUACAUGGUAACCUCAAUGCAGGCUUCACUUCUGUGCGUAAAGGCCUUACUAGUGGUUUCACCAAUCUUAUGUCCACAAUUGAAUCUGCAGUGAAAACCAGCCCUGAAGAUAUGAGUGACACCCUUUCCGUUCGUAGUGAUCUUAGUUCUGAUAGUGACAAUUUUAUUAUGGUCAAUAUAGAGACUGACAGAACAGACAGUGGUCUAGGAGGAAUGGAUGCACUUUUCCGUGUGGACAACAGGCCUGCAACAUCUGUGGAGGUUGCCUCUGAAGUGUUUGAAGAGCCAACACCAAGUGAGGUCUCUGAUGUGACCAGUUCUUUCAGGAGAAAAGAUGUGAUCUCAGUGGUGACCUUCAAGCUGAGCCGAGUACAGGUGGUGCAGGAGUCCCGGGGUUACGAGUCCACAGUGAAGGUGCAGUGUUGCCAGAUGGUGUGUGAGGAGUGCAGCAACAUGGGCUAUGAUGAAUUCCAGAGUCCUUCAGAAUUUGAAGUAUCCAUACAAAACACAGUUCAGAAUGACAGCCACUCACUGUCUCCUCUCUCUGUUCCUCGGAACCACCAGAAACGUCCAGGUUGCAAUGAUGGUCGUCAGAGCAAAUUCAGCAGCAGGUGCCGAGGAUGGUCCGAGUCCAUGGAGGCCAUUGAGCCGUGCUGCCUCAAGCUGCGGCUCGACACCCAUGCCGAGGCACUGGGGGCAGAGGAGGAGCCGCCACAAGGCAUCUCAGGCGCCCCACUGCCAAUGCUGAUCAGGCCAUUCCUCAAGGGGGAGGUGGCAGAUCUCAACCUGACCCUCAUGAUGAGCACUGUGACCAACCUUGUGGAUCUCAUUGAGGAUGAAAUAGUGCCUGAACCUUUACCAAUGGAAAUAAUGGUUGAACGAGUUGGCUUAAGACUGACAGAGGACAGAGUUCCUGCCAAUAUCACAUCCCCCGGAUCAGUGCCCACAGAUGUAUGGCUCCCAAAGUUGCUGGUGAAGAGGAAUCUUCAAGGAGUGUUCACUAUUCUGCCUCAGAAGGAAGAGGACAAGGAACUUCUGUCCAUCAAGAAGGAGCGGGACAAGCUGAGGGAGGACUUGAAGCAGUUGCGACAACAGAUGAACCAGGUGCUAGCAGAGAACCGUUCCUUCAGACAACUCUUACCAAGAUGCAGGAAGAUAAGGAACGAGAAAGGUCCUCCAGAGGUUUUUCACUGCCCAAGUUUCCCCUCCCAUAAAGCCGCCCAGAGCCUCCAGUUAAGCAUAGGAUGAUAAUUGAUCCUCAUAACUGUAAGACCUCCCAUCCUAAAGAUUAUGCCAACAGCUCUACCACAGAUACUGUAAGCAACAUAUUGUGAUAACAUAACCUCAUAAAAUGGCCAGUUUUUUUACUUAAGGUUGGGCAUUUUUAGAAUGGUUGACAUAAGCUGUAUCCUUAGGAAAACAUAUUUUCAUAUUAUAUUAUUUAUAUUCUUCUAAUAGUUGGUUAUCUUAAUACUGUGUUGGCUGAAUGUAGUUGUCCACGGUGCACCAGACCCUUUGAUGGUAGCCUGAACAGCAUUGCAUUUGGUGCAACUGAGUCCCCUGUCCAUUAGUAAAUGUGGGGUCAUAUUACUUACCAUUAAUAUAGGCUUAUUUUGAACGAUAUUUUUGUUGCAUAUAUCUAAAGUUAAUUGUUUUUAUAUAUUAUAUUCAUCAGAGAGUUUGCAGAGUAUGUAGUUAUUAUUUAUGAAGAAAUUCAGUAUGCAUUUUAGUUAAUUUGAAAGAAAAUAAUGAACAUAAAUUAUACUUAAGUGUUCUACUUAGUUGAGGUACAUGCUGAUAUCACUAAAGGACUUUAUACUGAAAUCACUAUGGUGUGAAGUUCCUGGGCACUGACUUUGUUCCUCUUCAACAUCAGUGAGGAAGAGAUCCUGACACAAACCUCAUGACUGUAACUAACUAGUCCAGUAUGCUCUUUGCUGUCCUUGUAGUGUGAUGUAGUAUGACAGUCCUUAAUGUGUAGGAGAUAGAAUUUCUCCACCUGGAGUACACUGCUAUAUCUGUCUGUUUUGCUCUCUAAUCUCUCAGUGCAUCAUUAGACACACAAUGUGCUUGGCCCUGUUAGACUGUAUAUAUCCUUCACAUAUCUUAUCUGCCAUCAUUGCUAGUCUUGUAAAUGUCCUCAUAUCAUUUAAUCUUAAUUUUUUUACUUUUCUUUCUCAAAGCAAACAAUUUGAAUUUUUUUUCUUACCAUACUGUAUCUAUGUAGACUUAAAUUUCAGAUGCUGAGUCAGUCAUUUUGUGCAAGUGUUGGGAUCUAUUAUAUGCAAUGUGAUGAUUUUUGUAGCUAUGUUUGAGUUUCUAUGCACUUUAGCAGUUGCUCUCUUGUUUUGUUGGUAUGUCUGAUGUGGUGUUUCCAUAAUUCUUGGGAAGUAGUAAUAAUGUGCUCAGGACAUAAACCAAACACAGUUUGAACUGUUUCAUGUUUUACAUGUUUUUGUAAUCUUAUACUGUGCCUUCUCAACUAUUGAGAUAUUAUGUUUGGGAUCUCCUAAAACAAAAACUACCAAAUGAAUACAAGUUAAGGUAUAUUAUUGAGUUAGUUUUUAUUUUUAGUGUGAAGUUGUAUCACAUGCUUCCAGUAGUUGUGUUAGUAUCUUCCUUCUCUGGAAUCAUUACCAGACAAAGCUGUUCUGCUGUACUUUUUGACAUAGUGUGUGUAUAUUGCAAUUUUUUUUUAUUUAUUAUUUUUAUUUAUUAUUUUUUUUUUUUUGCAUAGACUUCAUAGUCUAAAUCAUGGAAGUCCAAAAAUUUAGAUAGUUACGAAAAUAAGCAUUAGGAAAAAAAAUAUAGUUGCUAGAGAAGGUCAAUAACACAGAAUUUAUAUGGCUUGGUGGGCGUCCAAUCAAAUGUCACACAUUUAUUAUCUACAGUCUAGACAGUUCUUAGCAACUUUUUUUAGAGAACAUAUUUGAUCCACUUUCUUAAGAGUUAAGAUUCAAGACUAACUGAAAGAGUUAGUUGAGUCAUACGUUUAAGAUGUGUGCAGCAUGGAUGACAUGGCUAAUUAGUAAGGUUAGCUAUGAAAUAAUGUGUUUAUCAUUUAUUUAUAGUAAAAUAGUUAUUGGACAAAAUUUGUGAGAAAAUUGCUUUUGGUAUUGAUGGAUCUCAAGCAAUGCUAGACUUGAAUUACAGGAAAAAGGCAACAACUGAAAACAAAAAUGUUAAAGGUUGUGAAGAGUUCACAUGAUGGAAUAAUUAUAAUGCAUUAUUGAGUGCAGUGAACAGAAGUCCUGGGAAUGUUUCAGUUGUUUAGGGGAAAUAAGAUGUGUGAACAUAAAUGUGAAUGAAAUCUUGAGAGACUGACAUGAAAUUGUGUGCAGAUUACCAAUAAUGAUGGAUGGUGUGGAGAGAUUAGUGUUUCAACUAUACAAGUAAAAAUUCCAUAAUAGAAAGCCUGCCAAAGACUUUGAGAAUAUACUGUGGCCAUGAUUUAAACAGCUUAUAUGUUAAUGGAUAUAUAGAACCAUUCAAAAUGAAGGGAAACCAUCAUAAGUAGUAUAGCAUUUAUUACAAUAUUUUUUAUAAUAUUUAAUAUGUUAGUGUAUCAUUAUUUUCUAGUUGGUUUAGGAGAAGAUGAAUGUGUGGCUACUGUUGGAGCCACAGUGGUGGUGAUGCUUGGCUGUUGAGCAUCUGGAUGACAUAAUAUUAUUAUGUAAGAUGUGUGCAAUAUGUAAUUCGCUACUUGGGAACGACUGUAUUAUGAAACAGUUGAUGAGAAGCUUUGGUGUCAUAUGAGUAUUUAAUUGUCAGUCUGUCUUCGUCUACCAACACCUCAUAUCUCUCUCUCUCUCUCUCUCUCUCUCUCUCUCUCUCUCUCUCUCUCUCUCUCUCUCUCUCUCUCUCUCUCUCUCUCUCUCUCUCUCUCUCUCUCUCUCUCUCUCUCUCUCUCUCUCUCUCUCUCUCUCUCUCUCUCUCUCUCUCUCUCUCUCUCUCUCUCUCUCUCUCUCUUCAAAAUUAUUGUAGGACUUCCAUCUUGUUCUUAGUGAGGUGGUUGUGGUAAAUCUUUAAAUUAAUUAUUUUGUCUUACAAAUGACUCAUUGUAGUUUCUUUUCACAUUUUUUUUUUCUUUGUUAUUAUUUUUGUUUGUUUCUUUUAUGUUGGACAUGCCUCUAUGCCUAUUUGGCAUGUCAUUUCAGCUUGGGGAUCAGCUGGUUUAUCUAGGAAUUUGUUAUUUAAUCCAAAAUCCAAGAAGAGAAUGUGAAGAAGGAUUUUUCCUUACUCUUCAUAUCUCCUUAAUGUUUGAAAGGCAACAGAAUUCAACUAGUGCCACAGUAAUGUUAUUGUAAAUGUUUUGUGUACUUGGGUGUUCAUACACGAAAAAGUUAAUUUGUGGGCUCAUUAAAUACUUAUUAUUAUUGUGUGUGUGUGUGUGUGUGUGUGUGUGUGUGUGUGUGUGUGUGUGCAUUUGUGUGUAAAGGAUUUUUGUGCAGUGCUCACGGAAUUAAUUUUUAUUUAUAAAAAAAGUAAGUUUAGAAAAGAGAGAACACAUGAAUUGUUUUAUAAGUUUGAAUAUUCCAGUAAAGACCUUGUAAUUUCUAUAUCUUUUUUCUUUUGAAUUUAAGAUAAUAGUCUAAAUUAUGUCACAAUUAGAUUAACUAAGAUGCAUACAUAAGUUUACCUGCAGAGCCUUAGAGAGUUCCUCAGGCGACAAGACUUUGUUACCUUUUCUGUAGACUGUUUAAGAUAUUUAUGUAGAAUGAGAAAUUGAUUUUUAGUGUGGCUUUAGGAUUUCAAUAUCAGUUUGAAAUACUAACUAAACUAGAGUGUUGAUGCAGUACAUCUUGGUAUGUAAAGGAAAUGUUGACUGUCAGUAUAGGAUUUGAAUGUCUUCUAUGCACUACUAUUAUGAUUGUUAUUUUUAGUAGUCUUAAUAUCUUGUCACCUGGAAGUAUAUGUAACAUUUAGCCACUUCAGAUAUAGAAGUUUGGAAAGGUGGUUGGCCUAUAUUACUUGAUAUUCCUGUUCAAAUUUCAAGAUUUAAGUAAUAUCUAACCCUAAUGUUUGGAAUCAUGUUAACAUGUAUAUAACUGAGUCUCCUUUUAUUUUGUAACAACUUUGGCGUUUGGCAGAAGCAUUGGGGAGAGUGUUGUUCAGUGCAGUGGAAGAAUUUCAGUCACUUCUUAUCAAAAUUAUUUGAUGCAAUAAGCCAACACACUGUUCAGCAAAAGGCACACAUGUCAUGAGUUACCAUAUACAGUCCUGUGCUUUGAUAGCUGACCUUUAUUCUUUUCUCCAUAUACAAAAAAUAACUUAUUCAAUCAGACUGAUAAAUAAGAUUAAAUUACUUCUGUAGCAGACAUCCUUCACAAACAUUUUGUAUAUUUCCUUUGAAAAUACUCCCCCAGUUUGUAAAUAAUUGAUAAAGAAACACUAAUAUUAUGAGAGUGCACAGUCUGCAGUACCUUAUUGUUAAUGAAAUAUUGAUUCUUUCCUGUGAUACUGGUAAUAUUACCAAUGUAAAGUGCUCUCAUAGUUAAGUCAGUAGGUAAAUAUCUGUAGUAUGUAAUUAUUUACAUGAAUAUAUUCUUUAGUUAGUUAUAAGUUGAUAUGCUAAGAUUAAUUCACUGUUUCGUCUAGUCUUGUUCAUAUUUUGCUAACUUUAUUUUUAUUUCAGCUUUUAUAUUCAUUAAACCCUUAAUUUUCUCUGUUUGAAAUAUAAGUAUUUAUGAAUAUUAUAAUUGGCUGAACUUUAAUAGACUUUCAUGUGUCACUUUUUAGUCAUUUUAAGUUGGGGUCUGUGUUACCAUUGUGUGAGCUGGUGUAAAGUAUUCCUCUACUAUCUUUUCCAUAUUUAGUACCCACAAAAAAUCACAGCUUUUGCAAUUUAUCAAAUAAACAAGCCCAUUUCAAAGUGAAAAACUGAGUGUUCACUGUAUAUGCAGUGUAUAUGUGUUGUAUUUAUCAGUUAUGCUAGACUUCUUAAUUCAAAAUAGUUAAUUGAUUUGACACAUGUUAAAGCUCUGCAUCAUUACUGCAACAUAGUAGCAAUCAUAAAAUAGCAAUCUAUUUUUUUAGUUCAGUAUUCCUGCUUAAUUAAAGUUGGCAUAAUCUAGAAACCUGCUUGGUAUGGACUGACUGGCCACUCCAGACUGUACCUGCAUAACAUGGAUACAUUUUGAAUUACAAGUAUUAAGUCUGGAUGCAGUGCAGUUUUCUCUCAUGUUUGUAUGCUUACUAAAAACACUGUAAAAUCUCAAAAAGACAUGUACUCAUCCCUGAUAUUCAUAGGAGUGAUAAGACUUCCCUCUGAAAAUUUAAAUGCUUUGGAUAAUCAAUUCUGUACCUGUCACAGACUUAUUUGGAUAGAAGAGAAGACUUUAGUGUAUUUAUAACCCCCAAGAAUAGUAAUAAUGUAAUGAGACAGAGUCCAUAGCCAAGUAGAGAGGCAAAGUUAGUGAUUCCACGCAACAAUAAAGAGAGAGAGAUUUUGAAAUUGGUAUGUAAGUUAGGAAAAUUAUUAAAGAGCAAAAUGAGAUGUGAGAAUUGUAAUUAUUAAAGUAAAAACAGUGAUUAUCUGUUUAGUCAAUCCACAACUAUAUUGUUCAUAUCUAAAAAAAAAAAAAAAAAAAAAAUUCUACUCAGUCUAUCAUGCAGAUCAGCAAGAUAUGCUGGAAAGUUAGCAUUACCUUCUCUUAUGUUUAGAACGACCUGAAAAUCAAAUUGAUAUCUCUUAUGCCACACUUUAAUAAUAAUGAUAAUAAUAAUAAUAAUUAUGAUAAUGAUAAAGAUAAUAAUAAUAGUAAUUACAGUAACAAAAUAUUCUCUCUGCAGUAUAAAUGAUAACUAAAAGGGACAGUAAGGGAUUGAAAAGCCUCUCCUCAGUAUAGUUACUCCUAUGAUCAGACACAGUGUGAUAUUUUGUCACAUCUCUCCUUCCAGGGAUGUCAGCCCAAUAUACACAUAUGUAUAUUACUAUGUGGUAAUUAUGGAACUUAAGAAAUAUUUUGUAAGCAUUUAAUUUUAGAUCUUGGUUAUUCACAAAUCAAAUGUGAACAUUUGAUAAUAGAAAACCCUAUUUCUUUUCUUCAUUUUUUUAUGGAAUCUGGAUCUCAGGUACUGCUUGAGUAAAAUAUUUAUGGAUAUUUUGUAAUCUUUAGUUCCAAUAAACUGAAGUGGUUGAAUGAAGAAGAUAAAGUAAAGACAUUAAAAAGGUUGUGUUAUAAUUGCUAACAUUUCUUUGAAAGGUUUCCCUCUUACAUAAUGUGAUAAAGUUAUUAACAAAAGUACCAUAAAUUUUGUUCAGUAUGAACUGUUAAAAAUUAAUACAUAAAUAAGAAAUUUACAAAUCAGAACCUGUAUAAUUGUUGUGAGCAAAAGUCAACCUCUUCAGUAAACAAAAGAUGUAAACACAUUUAAAAAAAAAAAGAAUAUUGUAAUCCAUACACCUUUACAUUAUUUUUUAGUUUUUAUGUCAUUAGUGUAGUGCAUACAAUCAAAUUGAGUUCAACAUUUUAAUGUUCCCCAUGUACAGAGUAUAAUGACAUGUCCGACUCAUAUCAGUAUUGCUUUAGGUGUUAUAUAUCACUAUUACUGUGAAGUGUGAGAGUGUGUGAUGAAACAUUUGUAGAACAUUGUUACCUGCAGAAGUUCCAAAGGAAAUACAUACUAUAAUCAUACUUACAAACACAGCUGCAUGAACAUAUCCUCAUGUGACUCAUGUGCAAAUGUAUGAAGACUACUUAGGUAAAGAUGCCACUUGCCAAAAAAGUUCACAAAGUAGAAAUGUUUAUGCUUUACCCACAUGAACAGUGUAACAGCACCCAACUAAGAACAAACAGUGAGUGUUGUACUUGGCUGGUGUUAUACUUGUAUAUAUACUAGUAUAUUUUAGUGCUCCAAGUUAUGAAAGUGCCAAUUAAAUCCUUGACCAUAGUAACACAUAGGAAGGUGGAAAAGCUACACUUAUACAAUCAAACUUGGUAAAUAUGAUUAAUCCACCUUUCAAAUUAUGACACUUACUGGUGAUUAGCUUUUAGUUAGUCUUCAGUAUAUAUAUAUAUAUAUAUCUUUUAUGAUGUGAAAUGUUUUUAUAUUUUCUUGGUAUAAUCUUGCCUUGUUGAGGCCAGUUCAACACACACACACACACACACACACACACACACACACACACACACACACACACACACACACACACACACACACACACACACACACACACACACACACACACACA